AUGUUAUCAUCAAUGAAUACUCAAUCAAUAUUGGGUCAUUUGUAUAAUCAAUCUUUUAAUUCAUCGUCGUGUAUUUUUUCAGGAUAUUUGGCUAUUAUAUUACUCGGUAUGUUAUACUUGAAUUUUCUAAAUCAAGCAUUCUAUCGUCUUAUUCGAAUUGUUCAUUCUCAAAAUCGUUGGUUUCAAUCUUUGAAAUUAUAUGUAAUUUUACCAAUGAUAGAAAUAAUAAUGUUAACAUGUAUUCUUCUAUGUAUUCUUCUACCUUUGAAUGGUGUAACAUAUUUACCAAAUGAUCAUUUUUGUUAUCCAACAUUGACAAAUAUUCCUAGUAUUCUUUCAACAGCAUUUGUUGUUUAUAUAGGUCCAUUUUGUUGUAUAACAUUUAUUUAUAUGCAUAUAACAAGAUUUAUUCAUCACCAAGGAAAUAUUCAAACAUUAGUAAUUAAACAACGACAAUCUCGAGAUUUACUUAUUAUUAAGCGUAUUUUAAUAAUAGUUAAUUUAUUACUUAUUCUUGGAAUACCUGGAAUGUCUCUUAUAAUUAUGUUUAUAAUAACAGGUGAAGAGAAUCCAUUACUUGCUCGAAUUGUAUUGUUUCCAGUUAGCAUAUCUCAAAUGGGAUUGAGUGUAGCAUUACUUUUUUCAAUUCCACAAUUGAAAAAUAUUGUUUUAAACUUACGACCAACAAACACAGUGAUGCCUGUCAAUCAAACCGUGCGAGGUACAGUACAUAUAAAAACGAUUACUGGUACUCAAUAG